AUGAAUGCCCAGUAUGAAGAGGCACUCUUGACUGAACUGUAUCGGAUUGCAGGGUCUAUCUCCUCUUUCUCCAAAAAUGGCAAGAUUCCACUACAGUCCAUCUACUUUGGCGGCGGAACACCAUCAUUGGCCCCAGUCGAAACCAUUUCUAAAAUACUUGAACAUGCCAUUGGUGAAAAUGGUCCGUUUUAUUUGGUAAAUGACCAAACAUCAAAUGUAAAUGCCAAUUCAAGGACAAAGACAAAUGACGACAACAACGGUAGCACUGCCGAAGUCUCGAUUGAAAUGGAUCCAGGGACCUUUACGAUCGAAAAGUUACAAAAGCUCAAAGAAAUUGGAUUCAAUCGUAUUUCUCUUGGAGUGCAAUCCUUUGACGAUGCAAUUUUGGAACACAUGGGUCGAUUCCAUCGGUCGGCUGAUGUCUUUGCCGCAGUCGACAUGAUUGAAAAAGUCUUUGGAGAAGAUGCCAACUAUUCCAUUGAUUUGAUCACUGGAGUGCCGGGUUUGACCUUGGCCAAAUGGGCAGAAACCUUGCAAAUUACCACAACCCAGCUGUCUCCACAACCUUCGCACAUGAGUGUAUAUGAUCUCCAGAUUGAACAAGGCACUGUAUUUUCGUCGUGGUAUCAAGAACAAGAUGCAGUAACCGGUACUCGUACUAGUGCUAGUAGUUUCAACAGAACACUCCCCUUGCCGACAGAGGACGAAUGUGCUUUCAUGUACAAAUACACUGCUGGAUAUCUGAGAUCCAAACAAUACGAGCACUAUGAAGUGAGCUCGUAUGCCUAUAGAGGAGUUACCGACGAUAGUGAGAAAGGAGGAAAACGGAGCAAACACAAUCAAAUAUAUUGGGAACCCUCCAGUUCGUGGUAUGCGAUCGGUGUUGGUGCUACUAGCUUUGUCGACGGGAGACUUGUCGCUAGACCAAAAACAUUGGUGGAUUACUACGAAUGGUUGAAUGACAAUGACAAGAGCAAACAUUCCACCGACGAAGUCGAAGAGAAUGAACUCUUGUUGGAUGACGAAUUACUGACCGACUUGGUGAUGAAAAGGCUACGAACUAUUGACGGUCUGGAUCUAAAGGGAGUGGAAGAUCGCUUUGGAAAUGAAAGGGCAAGUACCAUCCUGGAGGGGGCAACAUUGGGUUUGGAAAUCGGCCUGGCUGAAUACGAUUCACGGACGAAGAUACUGCGGCUGAAGGAUCCUGAGGGGAUGCUCUUCUCGAACAGUAUUAUAUCCAGUAUAUUUGCAGCGUUAUAA